GGUUGGGGGGGGGGGGCAGUGCCUAUCUCUUUGUAUAAUUACAAGCUGGAGGCUCUGCAGGCUUUUAUCUGAUUAUGUUGUAGACUUCCCUAGAACGGGCAACCACUUCAUCAGUGUCUGCAUCUCUCCAAUCACCUGUUUCGAAAGCUUGAUUGACUGCGUCUGGCAAAAUGUCAUUAUGAUUAAUAACUGAUGGCUGGUUGAUGGUAUAAUGACGUAAUCAAUUCAUUCUCAUGUGCUCCUGAAUUCAGAUCAUAGCACAGCUAUGGCGAUGCUCUAGAGCGCAAGACCCUCUAGCGUGCAGCUGAUACCACACAUCCUUUGCCGCUACAUGUUCUUGUUCUGUAGUUAUCAAAGCAAAAGAUUAAUGAUGACCAUGACUGCAUAUUACAAUCAGAAUCAGAAUCUUUAUUGUUCGUCAGUUGGACAAGGAAUUCCUCUUGGUGCAGGUGUGAACACAAAGAGAUAUACAAGAUAAAAGACAGACAAGAGAUAAUUAAAAACAAAUCUGCCCCCCGAUUCCAAAUCCAGGCCUUGUUUUCAUUUCUCCCAAGUUGUUAGUUUAGUUAGUUGGGGCAGCGUGUGGCUCAGUGGGCUGAGCCUGUGUGCCUGUAAUCACAAGGCCACUGGUUCAAACCCCCCCUCAGCACAUCUGUGGCUCCUUGAGCAAGGUCCUAAGCUCCCAGCGCCCUGGGUGCCCCAAGAGGUGGCUACCCUUCGCAGACAGCUUGCUCUGUGAAGAGCAAGUCGAGGGAAGUGUUAAAAACAAUUUCAAUAAAGGAUUGAUUCAUAACUACUGAUUACAAAUGGCUGAAGGCUUCACAACCAGCUCUUGGGCAAAGGAUGGCUAGAAAAUCAGCCAGGACUUGGACCAUGAAUCCCAAGAUUUCAACAGCCCUGGACUAUACACAUGCAAACUGCAAGUAGAAAGAAUGUGCAGGGUAACAAGUUAAAGUGCAUAUGUGUAGUAGCUGCAAUAGUGAACCUGGGAAGGCUCUUACGUGGAAGUAUUACACCAUGGGAUAGGCUGUAGUUAUAUGCAACUGGAGAGUGACUGAGGCAAUACUGCUUUUAAUUUGUUCAGAUUCUGAUUAAGUAACUUGCUGACCGAUAUAAAGUAACCAGAUGGCACAGAUUCUGUAUUUAUCUAUUUGUUUGUUUGUUUAUUUACUUAUGAAUGAUUUUCAUACCACGACAGUCUGCAGAUCAUGGCAUCUGCUGGACCCAGCCCCAGGAUAGUACCCUUUGUAAUUCUAAUAUCACAAAUAGUAAAUCUCAUUCGCCAGCAGAAGUCAAAUAGUUCUGAAAGACAUUAUAUCUAAAGACAUUAAAUCAUUAUGUCUUCUGUCAGUGAUACAUCAUGGAGCUUAAUAACAUUGACAGCUUCAACUCCUCAGGCACAUAAGAGGCAUUGCAGUUCUACAGCACGUGAGGAUCCACUCAGAACAGCAGUUCAUGGAUGUCCAGGCUGAAAGAGAAUAUGUGCAGUCUUGUUCCAUAUCCAGCAAUAGACAGACUGCUCCCCCUCUUCAAAGGCAAAAAGCAGCAACAACAUUGACACUGAAACUGAGAAAACAGGUUGUCUUGGUUUUGGUGUGGAUUUUGGAGUUCUUCCUGUUUUCUUCAAAGCCAAACAAAUGAAGUAAGAUAUUCUAUCGCAAGAUUAAAAAGAGCCAAAGACACUCGAUUUUAAUCAUAUCUUUAUUUUGAUUAAAUAUGCAGUUACGGUGUUUGGCCAUGAUGGGGCAGUAUUGUUCAUCUCAAAAAUGCUGCAUGUUCAGGUCAUGUUUUCGAGGUUCUUUAGGGGUAUUAAGGUCUCCAGUUUCCCUUACUGGUCCCAAUGAUUCCUGUUCAGUUGACUAUACUAAUCUCUCUACAUCUGACCCCGAAGUUGUGGUUGUGGCGCCGGUAUGGUGCCUGUCCUGAUUUCUGUAGAAAUGGCUCCAUUCAGCUCUGCAUGGCCAAGCAUAGAAAUGAAUCCUAACACAUCUGCACACUGGUGAUGCUGGCAAGGGGCAUCACAUGCAAGGGUCAAUGAAGAUCGGCGUGUUAAUCAACUGCUUCUUACAUAAGAGCUUGAUCAGGAAAAAUCUGUGGCAAACUGCAGUGCUCCUUAACCAAGUUGCUCUCCUGACGGUAAUGUGUGCCAUGGUGCCGAAAGAGACAAGAUUCCAUUUCCAGCUGUCAUUUAAAUAAACAUAGUAACUGACUGAGUGGGUCUCACUGUCAAAUUUAUUGAUUGCUAACUCACAUGAAGCAUUAAUGAUUUAAAAUAUGCCAAAAUAUCAUAUGGCUGAAAUUUACCACUGGAAUGAAACAACUUAAUUUUUGCAUGACACUGUCUUUUAUGAAUCUCUGCCCCCAAUAUCUAAAUGAGAGAAUACAAAAAAAUGCUUCUUUUAUUGAAAGCAAAAUAAAAAAAUGCAGGCAACAUGACGAUAUUUGCCGUUUCUGACACGCAAAACCGUUUGCUAAGUUUUACAAAUCAUGCAAGCAGUUUACCUCAGACCCACAAGCAGACCUAUAAGAAGUGAUGGGACCUUUAAAUCUUUUUUUUUUUUUUAAAAGAUUGAAGUAAAUCAGCCUUACUGCAUGGCUCACUAGACACCUAAUGAUCUAAUCAUCUCACCAUGGAUUGAAGCAGCUGAUGUGUGUGGGCGUGAAUCAUCUUAGUAUCUUGUCCAGCAUCUCAGAAUGCUUACUAACAAUGCUGUUUAGAUUCAGCAGAUGCAGUUUUUGACAGCCCGAGAUAGAAAUCGAAUUGCUACAAUUCCUACAAUAAAACUGAAGAAAAAGAAACACUUCCUCAAAGCACUGUCCUGACUCUUUAGUGAUGCUCAAGCAACAGGCCGCCAGUUACCCAAAACUGACACAAGUUGGCCCUAUCUGUGUAAGAGAGGGUACCUCAACUCUAUCUGCCAUUAGUCUCCUUAGAUCACAGUGUAUCACCUACCCCCAGGUACUUGUGGAGGUGUGUAGAGAACGUCAUGCUCAGUCCUAUCCACACAUUUUAUACAGUCUCAUUAAAUCAACCACUCAAGUCUUGCUGUAAUUUUUCAAACACAGUGCUUCAGUGAAAAAAACCUUGCAUUAUUAAUAGAUAAAGUGUACUGUUAUAAAUUAUGCACAUUUGUUUUGAUGAAAGCCUGCACUAAGCAGCAGCACUAAGAAGAACACAAUGCAAUAUCCAGUGGCCUCAGAGUAGAGAGACAUCAAGCAGUUAUCCAACAGCGCCUCCUUAUGGUCACCAUUGGCUUCACGGAAGCAGAAUGACACUGUUCAUUUGGCCUUCCAUUGGUCAGUCCACCCACUCAGAUAGACCCCACUGCUUUGUUCGUCUUACGGAAACACAAUGCAGAGCAAAUGAAGUGUGACGAUCCAGGACAUUUCUGGUAAUUGCUGUUCCAACACAGUGCCAAGCAGUUACAAAGGUUCCAGUCUUGCCAACACUAACACUAUCCACUCCUCCAAAGAGUCUUAUACCCACAGAAACUGGACAGUAUGAGGGGCAUCACUGAAUGCAUCCAUGUGACGCUGCUGCUCCUGGGCCAACUGGACGCCCAGGCGGACCCAACUGACCCCCUUGGGGACCGCAAACCGGGCAAAGCCAUUCUGGAGAUGCUGCACGUGGACAGGCUGUCGGGGCAGCGGAGCGAGCCGCACCCUUACAUGAUGCACAUCUACCAGCUGCUGGAUCCGCAGGAGGCCGCAGACCCGAGUGGCUCCGAUGGGACGCUAGUGCAGAGUUUCCGGAGUCUUCAAGCAUCCCAGUUUGGGCCACCAGGGUGGAUCUGGUUCAACGUGUCGCACCUGAUGCCGUCCAUGUCGGCAGCGGAGCUGGUGUUGCUGAGGCGGACGCUACACCCCGAGCCCCUCAGCGUCAGCGUGGCCAUUCAUGCCGGCCCCGCCCUGGAUGGGCGCCCCCUAGCCGUCGACCGACUGCCGCCAUCCAUGUUCGACGUCUCGGCGGCGCUGACGUGGGUGAAGGGGUUAGCUGGGGGGGCCGCUGGCUUCCGGCUGCGCUACGCGGAUGAGAGCGGGAACCUGGAGCUCCACGAGGCCUUGACUCAGAGCCUGUACUGCCUGAACACCAGCGCUCAGAGCCAGCCGCUGCUGGUGGCCUACCGCCUGGGCCGGCCUCGGCAAGUGGCCCGACCCACAGCCCCCAGCUCUCAGUGCAGGCAGCAGCACCACCGCUGUGGCUCUGCCCUUAGGAGGCAGUCAGCACCACCUGCUCCCAGCUGCCGCCUCCACAAACACUAUGUGGAUUUUCAGGAUCUGUCCGACUGGGUGCUGCAACCCCUGGGAUUCAGCUUCAGUUUCUGCAGUGGCACCUGUAGCCCUGGAAGCCCAGGAGAAGACAGCAGGGAAAGCAGAGAAAGGGGCGUCGACCCAGACAACGGUUUCAGGUCAGAGUGCCUCCCUCAGCACAUGUCGGCGAUUACCGUGAUGUACCGGAGCGACGCAGACGACAUCGCGAUCGGCCGGCUGGGAAACAGGUCGGCUGCGUGUGCCGGCGCUCAGCGUCCUAGACACAUGGGCCUUCAGCAUCCCUCAUGGGCACAAAUGCACUCUUCCAGCAACGGCAAAAAAUUCCCCUACGCAAAACAUUCAAAAACCGAUGGGAAAAAAAACAUGCCAAAACAGUGAGUUCAAGACAAAUUGACUGAUUUCAGCACUUAAUAAUAAUAGUAAUACUAAUAACAAUGACACUUUAUUGAUCUCACAUGGGGAAAUUCUCAUCUUGGUUACACCAUCUUGCUUUCCAUGACACACAGACACAUGAGAGCAAUCUUGGCAGUGAAUAGCAUUUAUCUGCAGUGGUGCCCAUGGAGCUGGGGGGUUAAAGGCCUUUCUCAGGGGCCCAUAGGUAUGAUUAUUCUGCUGAGGCUGGGCUCACAUCAGCAACCUUCCAAUCACAGGCACAGAGGCUUAGCCCAAUAACCUUGACAGACUCACUCUGUCACACAUCUUAUGUCUUACCAUAGUGCAGUAAUUACUGUUUUUCUCGAUUGCUUUGGAGCAUUUCUGAAAUGAUGAUUAACAUUUGUAAACCAACUAGCGUAACCCACACACCAAAAUGUCACUCCAUUUCUCAUUGUUUCACAUACAUUUCUAAAUGUUUUAGCUUAUAUGUGCAAAUGGUUUCAUACAAUUGUCAUCAUUCGGCACAAUUUUCAGUUACUUUAGCCUUAUUGGUCAAAAUACAUAUUUCCCAUUGUAAUAAUUCUACAUCCAAUACAAUAUACAGUGGUACCUCAGAACUCGAAUUUAAUCCGUUCAGAACUCUGGAUCAAAUCUUAAAAAUUCGAGUUGUGAUCGAAUUUUCCCCAUAAGAAAUAAUGGAAAACCAAUUAAUUAGUUUAAGGAUAAUCUGAACGUAACCUUAAAUAUGUUUACCAUUUCUAAAUUGAUAGUGUUUGGUCAUGAAUAACAUGUUGGGUAUUGUUCUUUAAAAUGGCAAUUAAUUACACUGUGACAACAUGCCCAAAAAAUGUCUAUGUGUAGCUAUUGUGUAAUUAAAUCAAAAUUAAUUUAGGAAUGAAUAUACAAAGCAUAUUAAACUGUAAAUUGAA